GGACAGUCGUGAAGUGGAAGAGAGGGAGGUGAUUGUACAAAUAAAGACUGACAGGAUUACUAUUAGGAUUUCUCAACAUGAGCUUCCUAUUGCCCAAGCUAACUAGCAAAAAAGAAGUAGACCAAGCAAUACAAAGUACCGCAGAGAAGGUGUUGGUCCUCAGGUUUGGGAGAGACGAGGAUCCUGUCUGUCUGCAGCUAGAUGAUAUACUUUCUAAAACCUCUUCUGACCUGAGUAAAAUGGCUGCUAUUUAUCUGGUAGAUGUGGACCAAACUCCUGUUUACACACACUAUUUUGACAUCAGUUAUAUUCCAUCUACUGUAUUUUUCUUCAAUGGGCAACAUAUGAAAGUGGAUUAUGGGUCUCCAGAUCACACUAAGUUUGUGGGAAGUUUCAAAACCAAGCAGGACUUCAUAGAUUUGAUUGAAGUAAUUUAUCGAGGAGCAAUGAGGGGGAAACUUAUUGUCCAAAGUCCUAUUGAUCCCAAGAAUAUUCCCAAAUACGACCUUCUCUAUCAAGACAUUUAGCACAUUCACUACUCAAAGUUGAAGACAAAGGCACAUGUUGAAGCAGUACCUGAAUCCGGCUAUGCUGUCUUCCUGGAGUCCUUCAGAAAGAUGCUCAGCAUCCCAGCGAAGAAGAGGUCUGACUCGGACAGAAAAUCCCCCGUCCCCGAGUAGAAGGCCAUGCUGGUCCCGUGAUGAGCAGCAAUGCUGAAAUGUCUAGUUGCUGCAAACCUCCGAGCAGUCAAGACAACCGUGGUGCGUUUUCCCAGCGUGAUUUUUUAAGUUUAUAUUGUACUUCUCUUUAUUCCUUAAGAUAAUACAGAAUCCUUUUCAACAUUACCUACUACUGUUUAAUUACGUUUAUGGGAUACACAAGGAAAAUAGAAAAUUUGUUUGCACAGGAAGAGAAAUACUUCUUUUGUGCCCUAAGUGUACACACACAGGCUCCCCCUCGCCCAUUACUCCACUCAGGUAUUUACUGCGUGACUGCGUGCUCUCCCAUCUCCAGUCCCCGUUAUCCCUGUUUCUCUUGGAUAAGUGAUUCUCUGCUGAUAGUGGGCAAAUUUGUUUUAUUUUGGAAACUUUCUAGCUUAGACUUUUAAAAUAGUAUCCUGGUUUGCUCAUUUUACUAGUUUUUAUGUUACAAAAUUGCCCAAGAAAUGAGACCUUGAACCUUUACCAUCCAGCACCCAGUUUGAGCUAAGCAAAAAAAUGAACUACCUGUAGUUAGUAGGAGCAGGUUUCUCCCAGAAGCCAGAGUUCUGCCUCUCUCUGGGGCAGAGAAUUUCGCUCCAAGGACUCAAGACUGGAAAGAGAUGCCAGAGUUGUUAGAAGAAAUAACAUCUUUAUGGUAUUUGCCCCUUUUAAUAACUUGAUGAAGAAUUCUUGCUCUUCUGGCAUCCCCAGCAUGACCUGCCCUAACCACUUGGGCAAGUCACUGCUUCUCUCAAAACCUCAUAGAGCCUCUGGAUCCUGACUUUCUAGAACAAGAGAAGAGGUGCAGAGCCGGAGGGCCAGGGGCCAGGCAGGAUCAGCCAGUUACGGGCCUCCUGGCCAGCAGAAGCCGGGUUCUGUGCGGGCCAGCACUUUCACUGCAAGUACGUUCCCCCUUCACCAGCUGCUACCCUUCCGAGCCUCGUCUGCAGGAAGAGGUGGCCAGUGACGGGGCACAGAAGGAAGGCUGCUGGGGGCUUUGGUGUCCUUCGCUGAUGAAAGGAGGGAGCCGUCGCCACCUCUGUGUUCUCCCCCUCUCCCUGCGCUGGUUUUCCUGAUCCGUGGGACUGCAGCAGCCAUCCUAGGACCAUGAGGACCAGCAUGAAAAGUGAAUGUGCGGAGAACAAUAAGACCCUGGGUCCCUACUGAGGUUUUGAGCCUGUGAGUAAAUACUAGACCUACCUCCCUCCAGACCCCUGUGAAAGAAUAAAACGUCUUCAUUGCCUCUCA